AGCUGCUACAAAUCUGUUUUCCCUCGAUGUCAGCUGAGGGCGACAGAGGGAGGUGUUCCCCCUUUCCCGGUUCUCAAGAUUUUCCUCAGUCCACAAUAAACUUUCAUUUUGGAAAGUGGACAAACACACACACAACGGCGGUCGUCAUCUUGUCCUGCAACGGUUCCCCGGAAAAGCUGGACAAGACUGGAUUUGACGUUUAUUGUACUUUACAAAACGCGCGAAAGGAACAUAGUAAGAGCACAGGUGGAGCUCUCCGCAGCGUUUCUAAAAGUCUGGUGUCAUCUUCCAGAAGCAGGAGACUGCUGGGACAAGGAGAUAAAAGACAAUGACAGAAAAGCCUUUUCACUGCUGGCUAAACCCGCGUUUUUAGUUUUUUUUUUGCUUCCUUGCACGUUUACUCCUCGCGCGAACCUCAAGGGACACCUGGAAUGGAAAAACUUCAUCAGGCUCGUCUGGACUGUAAAAACUCCCAAGAAAGAAUGAAGUAACCGCAAUGGAGCCGGACAAUGCCCCGUACUCCAAACACAAAAGCACUGGAGUCGGGGGAAAAAUUCUGAUUCUUUGGACUAUACUCUGUUGCACCUGCUCUCUAAAGUUGGCACAAGCACAAGAUGUGGAUGUUCUGCAGCAGCUUGGGCUUUCUGGGCGAAGAUCAGGCGGGUCAUCAUCUUCAGGUGCUCGAUCCAUCCCUAAUGGCAUUAUCCCCUUCAAGUCUGGAGUUAUCCUCACUCCGAGGGCCCGUAUCCAGGUGCCUCUGUACACUAUUAUCCCUGCUACCUACAGCUCCUCCAAUCUCUCUGUGAUCCUCAGUUUGUCUGUUCAUCGCAUCAACAGUGCUUUUCUUUUCUCAGUUCUAUCUAAAAAAAGGAAACUGCUGCUCGGAGUGCAGUUUAUACCAGGGAAGGUGGUUGUACACGUGGGGCAGAGGAGCUCCGUAAGCUUUGACUAUGAUGUCCAUGAUGGCCAGUGGCAUAGUCUGGCUUUGGGUAUCCAAGGCCACCAGGUGCUCUUACACACUUCUUGUGGAAAGAAAAACACACAUGCAGAUUUGCGUUCGAAAAAAGAAGUGGCUCUGGAUGCAGAGGGCUCUUUCCUGCUGGGCAAAAUGAACCAAAACUCGGCGCCAUUUGAAGGUGCCAUCUGUCAGUUUGACAUUUAUCCCUCUGCUAAGGCAGCUCAUAACUAUUGUGAUCACAUUAAGAAACAUUGCAGAGAAGCCGACACAUAUUGGCCCAUGUUUUCACCCUUGCUACCUCUAUUUUCAACAGACCCAAACAUCACUGUCACUCAUAUAACUCCACUGUCAUUGACAGAAAUAUCCAAAAAGGCCAGGAAACCUAGUUUGGCCUUGACUGAGGAAAUCACCAGGACUACGAUUCUUGUCCCAACUGAUCCCUCGCUGAUGCUGAACAAAACAUCUGUGUAUCAGACUGUGAUCACUCCAAAACCUGGGUCUGUGUCUGUAUCUCCACCGUUUCAUCCAGGGUUGGAAAUUCCGUUUAAGUUUCAGACUCAAACUUCUACUACAUCUCUUCGGAUCCGCAUGACACCACCAAACCGUAAACAAACUUCACAUGGCAGUGAGGAAAAGAACACAAAGAAAGGAGACGUUAUUUCACAGAAACCUUCUUUCGAACGAAUGGAUUUACCUGCUUCCACCCGACCAUCCGAGAUAAAGCCAAACCUCCAUAUCACAGCUGCUUUCACGCAGGGGUCUCCAUCAAACACCCACAUUCACUUGACCACUGUAGCUCCAAAGAAACCUGAGCCACAAGUAAACAGUGUUCCAAAUGUCAAACCUACUUCACUUAUUCCAGUCACUCCAGCUGCAACAGAUGGCUUCCAAACAUUUGACCUGGCACCAACUCAGUUCUCACUGCUGGUUGGACCACCUGGACAAAAGGGAGAACCAGGACCGCCGGGCCUCCAAGGACUUCCAGGGUUGCCAGGAAAGCCUGGGAAGAGGGGUCCAAGGGGUCCUCCUGGCCCCCAUGGAAUCCCUGGUCGUCCUGGAACUCCUGGAGUGAAGGGACAAAAAGGAGAUUAUGGACUGUCACCUGGUCAAGCCCCAAAAGGACUAAAAGGAGAGCCUGGUGCAAUGGGCCCCCCUGGACUGCAUGGCCAAGAUGGACGAAAGGGACAUAAAGGCCAUCCUGGUCCUUCUGGUCUCCCAGGUGAACCUGGCAAACGGGGAAAUGAUGGAAGCCCUGGGGCCAAAGGCUAUGCUGGCAGGCAGGGUUUACCUGGGCCUGUAGGGGAAAUGGGGCCAAAAGGAGUCAGGGGUCACAUUGGCAUCCCUGGGCUUUUUGGCCUUCCUGGUUCGGAUGGAGAGAGAGGAAUUCCCGGCGUUCAUGGGAAGAAGGGCAAGAUGGGUAGGCCGGGGUUUCCUGGUGACUAUGGAGAGAGGGGACCUCCUGGCCCUGAUGGGAACCCAGGUGAACUGGGAUCUCCUGGCCCAUGUGGAGUCCCUGGUCUUAUCGGAGACAUGGGCUCUUUUGGAAUAAUUGGCUUACCAGGACCACCAGGACUCAAGGGAGUACCUGGAAACCAAGGGGAACCAGGACUGAAAGGUGAUAAGGGGGAUUUUGGCUUACCAGGGGAGCCAGGGGAGUGUGGAUUCCAAGGGGACAAGGGUACGCGUGGCUCACCUGGGUUGCCCGGUCCUUGUGGAAAACCUGGGACACAGGGCAAACCUGGUGAAAAGGGCCCUGAUGGUAAACCUGGCCCUCCUGGCCCAGAGGGAUUUCCAGGCGACAUUGGCCCACCAGGACAAAAUGGCCCCGAAGGACCUAAGGGAAAGCAAGGCAUCCAAGGUUUGCCAGGUCCAAGAGGAACACCUGGACUUCAGGGUGAUGAGGGACCAGUUGGGCCUGCUGGACCUGCUGGACUCGAGGGCAGGCCUGGGAGGCAGGGAUACCCUGGACUGACAGGCCCAGAUGGACUUAAGGGCGAGACCGGGAUAACUGGCGAGGUCGGAAAGCUUGGCGAGAGGGGUCUACCUGGUUUUGUCGGGCCUGUUGGAGAGACUGGCAUCGGAGGAGAAAAGGGGGAUCGAGGCAAAACAGGCGCCCCAGGGCCCCCAGGCGACACGGGGGCGAUGGGUCACACUGGUAUACCUGGAUUGACGGGGCCACCUGGACUGCAAGGGAUCCCAGGGCCUCUUGGCUCACAGGGAUCCAUCGGCAUCAGAGGACCCAAAGGCAUGUGGGGUCUGAGGGGUCCUGAUGGCCCAGUGGGGGAGAAAGGGUCCACUGGAGUAAAGGGCCCUGAUGGUCCACCAGGAAAAUUGGGCCUCCCAAGGGAGAUGGGAAAGCUUGGCGAGCCAGGUGAAGCUGGGCCUAAGGGAUUUCCAGGUGUUCAAGGACCCUCAGGACCUCCAGGGGCCAAAGGAAUUGCAGGAGAGCCAGGACCAACAGGGCCACCGGGAACGAUUGGGCCACUGGGGGAGAUGGGGCAGAGGGGGCUGCCAGGGAAGGAUGGAGAGAGAGGACUGCCUGGUGAAUCUGGAGAGAAGGGUGCCAUCGGUCUACCUGGCAACAUCGGGGAGCAGGGUUUGAUUGGCCAGAGGGGUGAGCCAGGCAUUGAUGGGGAGGUUGGACAGAAUGGACCUGAUGGAGCCAAGGGGGACAAGGGGGAGGCUGGUCAAGAAGGCACGAUAGGAGACAGGGGGGAAAUUGGUGUAAAAGGAAAAGAAGGACCUCUUGGAUCUCCCGGACUGGUUGGUGUAAGGGGUCAGGAGGGUAAACCUGGCAAAAUUGGUGAAAGAGGAAAACUAGGAGAAAAGGGGAACAAGGGUCACCAAGGCCACCUGGGUGAGACAGGGCCAAUUGGAGAGCGGGGAGUAAUGGGGUUUGUUGGACAGAAGGGGACCAGAGGAACCAUCGGGCCAGUGGGUUCCCCGGGGAGAAUGGGCCAACAAGGAGAUCCAGGCAUAUCAGGUCAUGAGGGUCACAUGGGAAUGCAGGGUCCCCUGGGACCUCCUGGGCCAAAAGGUGAAAAGGGUGAACAGGGAGACGACAGCAAGGUAGAAGGUCAGCCUGGUCCCCAAGGUGACAGAGGUCCUCCUGGAAACAGAGGAGAGAGAGGAGAGCCAGGAGACCUCGGACACAUUGGUCAAAUAGGUGUUGAUGGAAAGAGAGGUGACGCUGGUGUGCCAGGGCUUCCUGGACAUCCCGGGCCAAAGGGACAAGCAGGGCUGAAAGGAUCCAAAGGUGACCAAGGUCAGAAAGGAAAAUCAGGGGUGAGAGGCACGUCUGGGACCAAAGGACCACCUGGUCCAGAGGGUCCUCCUGGCCCAUGGGGAGUUGUUGGCAGGGCGGGAAUUGAAGGCCUACCUGGCAUGGAUGGGCUGCCUGGUAAAGAUGGAACUAAAGGAGUCAAGGGGGAGCAAGGAGAAGAUGGAGAAGUGGGCUUACCUGGCAAACCCGGGCAGCAGGGUACAACUGGUGUGACAGGGCUUCCUGGAAGUCAAGGCUCCUUUGGACAAAAGGGCGAGAGGGGUCUUCCAGGCCAAACUGGUGCACCAGGGAAAAAAGGCUCUAUCGGCGGGAUGGGAUUGCCUGGAAAAAGAGGGGACCAGGGACUUAAAGGGCAACCAGGGGAUACUGGUGAACAAGGAUUCCCAGGGGUGUUGGGCCUGUUUGGACCAAAGGGACCCCUGGGAGACAUUGGCCCCGCAGGGAUACAGGGACCAAAAGGACCACGUGGUUUGUUGGGUAUGGAGGGAGCUUCGGGCCCCGUUGGCAUCAUUGGCCCCAGCGGUCAUCCUGGACCCCGUGGUGACAAAGGAAGUCAGGGGGAGACGGGGUUACAAGGACCAAGGGGACUCCGUGGCCCUCGUGGACCACCUGGACCACCAGGUCUUCCCAGCUCCGCCGUCUCACUUAGAAAUGAGGCUCUUGGUGCUGCCUUUCAAGUCAUCAUCAAUUCCCAUGCUUCACUCAGGCCAGAGCAGAACUAUCAGAGCAUGGAUCCACUGUUAGACCAGGGCACAGAGAUCUUCAAGACCUUGCAGCAUCUCAGCACUCUGAUCCAGAGUCUCAAGAACCCGCUGGGAACCCCUGACAACCCUGCACGAAUCUGCCGAGACCUGUACAACUGUGAACAGAGGAUGCAUGAUGGUACUUACUGGAUCGACCCUAACCUCGGCUGCGCUGCUGACACUAUUGAGGUGAUGUGCAAUUUCACCGGUGGAGGACAGACUUGCCUGAAACCGAUCACAGUGUCCAAGUUGGAGAUAGGAGUGGGUCGUAUCCAGAUGAACUUCAUCCACCUUUUGAGCAGCGAGGCUGUGCAGCACAUCACCAUUCAUUGCCUCAACACACCAGUGUGGGCGGCAGGACCCUCCCUGCAACACUCAGCCAGGGCUGUGAGCUUCAGGGCCUGGAGAGGAGAGAAGAUUCAGCCAGGCGACCUUCUGGAGCCGCUCAUCCCCAGGGACGACUGCUGGAUUCAAGACGGCCGCUGGCAUCAGACCCACUUCAUCUUUCAGACCCAGGACCCAAACUUACUCCCCAUCGUUGAUGUGUACAACCUGCCGACCACAAAACCUGGCGCACGCUAUCACCUCGAGGUUGGACCCGUGUGCUUCUUAUAGGGGCCCCGAGGAAGGGCCGGGAACAAUCCUCAAAGGAGUGACUGUAUGGAGGAGGGUGAACAAGGGGUGACUAAUGCUUGGUUCCCCCCCCCCCCCCCCCCCCCAAAAAAAAAAACAACCAACCAAUUUCCCUCUGCAAAAUAUGCUUGGACUGCAGAAACAGGAGGGAGCGCCAGAGGAAGAAGGCCUGUUGACAAUGCGAGUUUCAACUUUUAGCACUAAUCAGCCUAUGGAAAACAAUUAUUAGCUUCUUUUUCAGAGACUUGUUUGUGUGAUACAAGACCUGAAGCCCCCUUUUGGAAGAAAGUAAUAUGAACGUCUCACUCUCAUCUCUCGGACCACGUUGUAUCAUAUUUUCUUCACGGUCUGCCAAACCGAUUUUGCAAAAACCUAAAACGUUCAAAAGAGAUCUGUACAGAAAUAUGGAACAGUUACAUCUGCAAAUGCAAUAGUUCCUAUUUUAAUGUUUUAGUAUUAUUUAUACAUUGGUCUGUACUGUAUAUUGUAAUAUAUAGUGCAAUAGUUAUUGUUCCACAGCCUUUAGGCAUAUACAGUAUCAACAUCAUAUCACUCAUUCAGGUAUACAGUGUGCCACAGACACACAGGUGCGCUGUCUCUAAUGAGCCUCUAAUAAACGGUGUAGUGCCGAGUUUAAACAGAUAUCCUCCCAUAAACUGCUGUGUGCUUUUCCAUGUUAAAAUGGAUCGAAGCUUUCCACGGUGCGAACCGAGAAGUGUGUCAAGAUGCUACCUCGAACUGCACCUCUUCAUCUCGCAGCAAUCAAGACGUUUGCGGAUAUAAUCUGGGGUGACACAGAGGUGACACCUGGUGCUGCGACAGUUGACACUCGUUUGAUAAACUCUUGUCAGCUCUCAUUAAAGUAUGUGUCUGCAGCUUUAUGAAAAAGGGACUGUUGUUAAAUAUACACGCAAUUCAUUAAAUUAUAUUUUCAAGCUAGUAUUUUAACGUUUUCAAUAUUCUUUGUACUGUCAGACCUAGUCUGACACUAUAAAUUAAGUUGUUGAUUUUUUUUCGGUCAACAUGUGCAUUCCUAAUAAUACAACCUUUAUUAUCUACAGUGGAUUCUAUUUAAAUCUGUUUCAUUUCAAAACCAGUUACAUAUUUUAAUCACAUUUUUGAGUCAUAUCGAGCCUAAAGGAUUCUAGUCUGAAAGUGUGUUUCUGUGUUAGACGAUCAACUGUUUUAGGACAUUACCAUUCUUAUUAUUUACUGUGUAUGCAUUUGACACUCAAAGGUGCAGAAAUGGUGGUUGGUCCUGCCAAUCUACAAACUCAGAGGAUUUCUUACAAUGCACAACGUGACACUACCCCAGUAAAUGAGCUUACAGUGUUUGGUCUGUACAGACAUGUUAUGCUGUGAAAAUGAAAUGAAAAUGAUGAGUCAACAGGUAAUUCAAUAAAAGUCUGAAACCUU